AUGGUCGGGUCUUGCAAUGGCUGCGUGAUUGCCAUGCGGGGCAAGGACUGCGUGGCUAUUAGCACCGAUCGUCGCUUCUGCCUGCCCUCGUAUACGGCUGGCGAGGAGUUUGAGAAGAUCUUCAACUUGGCGCCGCGCUUGUACAUCGGUCUGACUGGGCUGCAGACGGACAUAUUGACAGUCCAGCAGCGUUUGGGCCAUCGCAGGCAUGCGUAUGAGGUCAAUACGGGCUCUCUUAUAACGCCGAAAAUUCUAACGGAACUUCUUUCUCAAAUGCUCUACGAGCAUCGCUUUGCUCCCUUCUACGUGGAGCCCAUUAUUGCUGGCAUGGAUCCAUAUACCCUGGAACCCUACGUAUCCUCCAUGGAUCUGCUCGGUUGUACAAUUGACUCACCUGAUUUCGUUGUCGUGGGCACCUGUACAGAUCAAAUGUUGGGCACUUGCGAAUCACUGUGGCAUCCCAACCUGGAUUCCGAUGGGCUCUUCGAGGCGAUUUCGCGCGCAUCGGUCGCAUCCGGCGGCCGUGAUAUAAUCAGUGGCUAUGGGGCCAGAGUUUAUCUCAUUGAGCAUGAUAAGGUGACGGUGCGUUUGAUCAGAACACGCAUGGAUUAG